AUGGCGCCCACGGCGUCAAACUCAACCGCGACCUCAACCUCCGACCCCGACCCCGACUUCAAACUCUACCACUACGACCCCUCCCUCGGGGCCGCCAUCCUCUUCAUCGCGCUCUUCCUCGCCGCCUCUUGCCUCCACCUCUACCAGCUCAUCCGCACAAGGACAUGGUUCUUCAUCCCCUUUGUGGUGGGCGGCUUCUUCGAAGGCGUCGGCUACAUCGGCCGCGCGAUCGGCGCGCAGGAGACGCCCGACUGGAGCGUCGGCGCGUACGUCAUCCAGUCGGUGCUGAUCCUCGUGGCGGCCGCCCUCUUCGCCGCGAGCAUCUACAUGGAACUGGGCCGGAUAAUCAACCUCACGGACGGGGGCAGCCAUUCGCUGAUCAAUACUAGAUGGUUGACCAAGAUCUUUGUCGCGGGGGAUGUGUUUUCGUUUUUGAUGCAGAGUUCUGGCGGCGGCAUCAUGGCCAGCGGAGGCGAAGGCUCGAUGGAACGAGGCGAGAACAUCAUUAUCGGCGGCUUGGUCCUGCAGAUCAUCUUCUUCACCUUCUUCAUCGUCGUGGCGUCGGUGUUCCACUACCGCAUGUCCAGGAGGCCCUCGCCGCGCGUGCUUUCCGAUUUCACCAUCGCGAGAGCCUGGAAGAAACACCUAUACGUGCUUUACGGGGGAAGUUGGCUCAUCCUGGUCCGUUCGGUGUUUCGACUGGUCGAGUACGCGCAGGGGAAUGACGGGUAUUUGCUCUCACACGAGUGGUUCCUCUAUGUCUUUGACGCGGUGUUGAUGCUUGCUACGAUGCUGUUGUUUGCGUUCGUGCAUCCUAGUGAGCUGAAUGCUCUGUUGAAGGGCGGUAGAGGACGGGCCGUGAGGCGGAUAGUCUCGGUUUACAGCUUGAAGUGA